UCCCGCUUUGGCCGGGGUUCCGCCGCCGGGGAUGUCCCGAGGGAGGGAGUGAGGCAACCUCGGGGCCGGUACCUUCGAGUUCUCUCGGUCGCUUCUCCAUCCUCGCGGUCCCGCCGAGAGGCGCGCCCGGGCGGAGGCGGCGGCGGCGGCGGAGGAGGAGGACAGGCGCGUCCCGGGUGCCGGCCCCGAGGCCAUGGUGCAGGUGCAGCCCCGGGCGCUGCCCAGGUGAGCCGGCGGCGGGGCCGGAGGAGACGGGAUGCGGCCCGCGCCGCCGGCCCCUGGCAGCAGCGCCCCGGCCUCGGGCCCGGCCUAGCAUGUGCCCUGGCCGAGCCCAGCCGCGCCCGCCGCCCCGAGCCUCUCCGCGCGCCCCCCGAGCGCCCCCGGGCGCCGCCCUCGCCGCACCAUGCCGUGCACCUGCACCUGGAGGAACUGGCGACAGUGGAUCCGGCCGUUGGCCGUGGUCAUCUACCUGCUGGCCGUCGUGGUGGCCGUCCCGCUGUGCGUGUGGGAAUUGCAGAAAUUGGAGGUUGGUAUUCAUACCAAGGCCUGGUUUAUCGCUGGCAUCUUUCUACUCUUGACGAUACCUGUGUCCCUCUGGGUGAUCCUCCAGCACCUGGUACACUACACGCAGCCUGAACUGCAGAAACCCAUCAUAAGGAUUCUUUGGAUGGUGCCCAUAUACAGUUUGGAUAGUUGGAUAGCUUUGAAAUAUCCCAGUAUUGCGAUAUAUGUGGAUACCUGCAGAGAAUGUUACGAAGCUUAUGUCAUUUACAACUUUAUGGGGUUUCUUACCAAUUACCUAACUAACCGAUAUCCAAAUCUGGUAUUAAUCCUCGAAGCCAAAGAACAGCAGAAACAUUUUCCUCCUUUAUGUUGCUGUCCACCGUGGGCUAUGGGAGAGGUGUUGCUUUUCAGGUGCAAACUGGGUGUGUUGCAGUAUACUGUUGUCAGACCCUUUACCACCAUCAUCGCAUUAAUCUGUGAGCUGCUUCAUGUGUACGAUGAAGGCAACUUUAGUUUCUCAAACGCUUGGACUUACUUGGUUAUAAUAAACAACAUGUCACAAUUGUUCGCCAUGUAUUGCCUUCUGCUGUUUUACCAAGUGCUGAAGGAGGAACUGAGUCCAAUACAACCUGUGGGCAAAUUCCUUUGUGUUAAACUAGUGGUUUUUGUUUCUUUUUGGCAAGCAGUCGUCAUUGCUUUGUUGGUGAAAGUUGGCGUGAUUUCAGAGAAGCACACAUGGGAGUGGCAGACAGUGGAAGCUGUGGCCACGGGACUCCAGGACUUCAUCAUCUGCAUAGAGAUGUUCCUUGCUGCCAUUGCCCAUCACUACACGUUCUCAUAUAGACCGUACGUCCAGGAAGCAGAGGAGGGAUCGUGCUUUGAUUCCUUCCUUGCCAUGUGGGACGUUUCCGAUAUCAGGGAUGACAUAUCUGAACAAGUAAGACAUGUCGGAAGGACGGUCCUGGGACAGCCUCGUAAGAAAUUCUUUCCCGAGGAUCAGGAUCACAAUGAACAUACAAGCCUGUUGUCAUCGUCGUCACAAGAUGCCCUGUCUGUGGUCUCUGUCCCGCCUUCACCCGCUGGUCACUACCAGGGCUUUGGGCACACUCUGGCCUCUCAGGCCACAGCUGGGACCGUCAGUGACAUCCCUGAGGAAAUGCUCGACGACACUACCCAAGAGACUCAAGGGCCUAAAUUCGGGGACUCCUGAAGCUCAUGCAGAAGUAGCAGCUUCCUGUGACCUCAGACGCUCUGCUUGGAUACGCCCGAAAUAGUGGAAAACUUGAGUAGAAAGCUAGGUGGCAGCCAGGCACAGCAGCUGUGUGACACGUAUGGCUUGACCCAUGGGUCCCACUGCUCAGGACUAUGCGCCAGGACAAGCCAUCAGUGCCAGGGAAGUUAAGUUCUCAACGUUAGGUGGAAGCAAGGUACAGGUACUGGAUUUGUAAUAACCAAAUUUUCUAUCUCUCAAAUAAUCGGUCUAAACACCCUAGACUUAGACUUGAUUUCAUAACAUUUCGAGCAUUAUCACACUCCCUCCAGUGCUAGGAACUGACUGACACGUUCCCGCUGUUACACUGCUCUAUCAAGACAGACAUUUUUGUUUUAAGAAAUCAAUGCUUCCUAGCAGUGCUGCAUGAAUACAAUGCUCUGGAAUUAGCAGAAAGUAUAAAUUGGAAAUAUGAAUUAGUGGAACUUAAAUCAUAAUCAUGUGCCAUAUAUGCUUACCUAACAAUUUCUCAACUGGUUGUCUUUCAAUAAAGAAUUUCUCAUUUAUUUUCCGCAAC